CCCACAUGGCAAAGCAUCAGUGGGGCGCUGCUCGCCGACUCGAACGCUUGUGCGUGUGUUGACGACAAAAAUGGAUUGGACGACUGAAAAAAUCAUAGAAUUCCUCGAGCUACUACAGACAGAACCCUCUAUAUGGAACCACAGAGCAAGUACUCAUAGAAGUAGAAAACUAGUGAGUCAAGCCUGGAAACGAAUUCAAAAUAACUUCUCUUUGUCGUGUCCGGUUGAAGAAUUAAAAAGAAAAAGGAACAGUCUGUUAACGCAGUAUAGAGACAUUUUGAGGAGAAUCAAGGAAUCUCAGCAGAAAGCGUCCGACGGCGAAGACCAAGAGAUAUAUAAGCCGUCUUGGUUUGCUUUUGAUGUCAUGAACAGUUAUUUAAGUAAUUUGUACGAAAGUCCUGUCGAUGGCGCCGAACAGGGAUUAGAAUCAUACCACGAAGAUCCGCUGUCAAAUGAUUCCGACACAUACAACGAAGACGAUAAAUCACACAUUGACGUAGAUAUAGAGAGAAUAAACUCAAACAAACGGUCUGUGUCAUGGGGGCCAAGAAUUUUGCAUACUCGCCGCUUAUCCCAAGAUUCUACCCCUAGCGAGCAGGAUUAUUGCAUUACUAAGAAACGACGAGCAACGCAAGAAACAGUUCCUGCUCAAGAAAGGGAGUUUCCCAAUGUCAAUGAAAGAGAAGAAGACAAAGUAAGAGAAUGUGACUUAUAUGGUCAACUAUUAGCCGAGAAGUUGAAACCACUGGAGCAAGAUGAUAGAUUACAAUUAAUGAACGAGAUUGAUAACCUUGUUUUUAACCACCUGAUGAGAAUAAGGAAACAGAAUGCGUCUCGAAAUCAUUUGUUAGGUGGCCAAUCUAUGCAUUUGCCGGGACCGGGACCGUCUAGUAAGAUACCCUGAAUUCAGUGAAAAAUCCUUUUAAACGAAUGACAGUCUUUUUAUCAAGG